AUGCGCAUUAACCGUCAGGUAGAAGGCGCACAGUGGUUUGACAUCUACCCCGUCGAAGGAAGACUGAGUAUAUCCUCGAACGGCCGCGUCCAGCUAGUAGACAUCGGCGGUGGAUUGGGACACAAUAUUACAGGUUUAAAGCGUAAAUUCCCCAAUCUUCCUAGUCGCCUGGUUCUCGAAGACCUACCGGAUGUUAUCGAGUAUGAUAAGGAGUCGAUUGAAGAUGGCAUUGAGGUUAUCGGGUACGAUAUAUUCACUGAGCAGCCGCUAAAGGGUGCCAAGGCGUACUAUUUGCGUACUAUACUGCAUAACUGGCCGGAUAAGCAGUCGCUGCUGGCGCUUGCCCGUGUUCAGGAGGCUAUGGCUGACGACUCGGUGCUGCUGAUUAAUGAGAAUACCUUGCCUGAGGUUGGCGCGUCGAGCUUCUCGGUAUCGUUGGAUAGUAAUAUAAUGAAUAUUUUUGCUACUUUGGAGCGGACUGAGAAGCAGUGA